UAAAUUAACAGAACUCACCGCGAUGCUCGCUCAAUUAAAUAUAAGCUUUCGCUGCAUUAAAUAUAAUGUUGCUGCUGCCGGCAGUAGGUGGCUCUCGCUAGUCUGUGACAGGCAUCAAAGGCAACGUGGGGUCCUAAGCGUCGGGGGCCUUUACGGAUCGCCAUGGCAACGGGCUGUACACAAAAAGAGGGAGAUCCAGCAGCUCUUUUCUCAUCUCAGUUAUGUCUACUCCUUCAGGGGGGCGUCCGAAAACACAAGCUCUGAACCCAGGCCGAGUGUGCAAGUGAAUGAGGGGUACAUAUCCAGCUGGCCUGGGCACAUAACUAGCGAGAUUAUUCAACAUAAACAAGCGUCCCAGCCAUCAAAUAUUGACAAGCAGCAUGGAUAUAAUGCUACAUAUGUAAACAGUUCACCAAAACCUCGAUUCUUGGAAAAGCUGGAAGACCACCUGAGGAAAGAGCUGCAAAUCUUGGACCCAAAUAUACCUAACGCUCAGGAAGUAAAUCUACAAGCUUAUCGUGAAGUGUUUGAAUAUUUCAUUGAGGAUUUAAAAACCUACAAGCCAUUGCUCUCAGCCAUCAAAAAUGAAUACGAAGUUGUCCUAGCUCAGCAGCGAAAUCGAAUCCGUGAGCUGGAACCAUUGCAAGGCAUGCUUGUAUCUACAACAGAGAGCUGUGAACAGAAGAUUCUUGCCCUGCGUGAAGAAGAAAAAUUUGAUAUUCUAUCACUGAAGCGUGAAAGAACACAGCUACUCAAAAACAUUGAUGAUUUAAUGGAAACGCAGGAUUCUCUGGAGACCCAGGUUAGUAAGCUUCAGGAAGAGCUGGCAACUGAAUAUGAACGAUAUCGAGAACAAAGAGAUGCACGCAUUCUUCUGAUCGCUGAUAUGAAUAAUCUACAUGUUCAACAAGAAGAGCCAGUACAUUCUCAGGCAAAAGAAGCUGAUGAGGCUGAUGAUCCCAUUAAACUGAAAUUGGCGUUGAAGGUGGCUCAUGAAGACCUCAAGGGAUUGCAAGUGACGCUAAAUGAAAUGAAGGCAGAGUAUGGGGAUGUGAUUCCAAGAAGGGAGUUUGAAACUUUAGAAAAAACCUAUAAUGAGCUAACUGAGAAGUAUGAAUAUAUGCAGAGGCAUUUCACUCAGUUGAAAAUGGAACACAAUACCCUAUUGGACAUUAACAAGAAUAUGACUCUUGAGCGAGACAAACUGAGUGCAGAAGUUGAACUACUAAGAACUAAAGUGUCAGGUAGUCAGGUGGCAGUUAAUGAAGCAAAUCAGGAUUACUUUGAAGGACUGGGGACUGGAGAAGAUGUUGUUAUGUUUCUGCGCCAUAAUAGUCUUGUCAAGAAUGUGAAUCUGACCAAGGAGGAUUUAAUCAAUGUGUUGAGGGAAAUCUGGGAAGAAAAAAGUGCAAAUGAUCAGCAGAACAAUACAAAGUCGAAUCUUCCUGAGUUUUUCCAUAAGUACCUCUGGAAGAAGUUUGGAGACUCUGCCAUGCUCUGGGCUUACAACAUUUACUAUGGCUGCAGGUACCAUCAGGACGAUGAGUUCAUCGGUCUGUUUUUCCGCAUCAUCAAUGGAAUAGUUGAUGAAAGUGUAUAUCACGGGCAUGUGAAACUUAUUUCGGACGUGUUGAAUUCAUUUACAAAUCGUGACACUGCUGGAAAAGGCAUUCUUACCAAACACGAAUUCAGUCAAGCCAUAAAGUCAGCCCUUCCAAAUAAGGGUGGAAAUUCCGUCACCGAGCUAGUCGCUGCAGCAACAACCCAACUUGGGGACAGCAAGAAAAUUAGUUACAACGCAUUAUUUACAGAGCAUAGAGAUAGCGUACCAGCAAUGUUUAUUACAUUGUUACAACGCCAAUACACUGCAGAGAGAACAAAGUACAUUGAAGAACUAAGAAAUGUAUUGGAAGAUAAAGAGGAGCUGACUGUAAGUGACCUAAAAAAGGCUUUUGAAACAAUCGAUCCUUCUAUAGGUACACAAACCCUGGCUACAUAUUUAGGUCAAGGUUUCCAAACUACAGGUGAAUCACUUACUGAGGCUUCUGUGGCAGACACUGACAUUAUAUUAGACCGACUACAAGCAAAUGAUGUGAAGAGGAUAGGACCAUCUCGAUAGUACAGAUAUAUUUCAAUUGUUAUUUUAAAUAAAUUACAUGUUGUAA